GGACAGGCUCCGCCGCCGCCUCCGCCGCCGGACUCGUCAUCGCAAGCGAAAACCGAUACCAUCAUCGGAGCUGUCGUUGGCGUUGUUGCUUUCUUGUUCAUCUGCUGUCUUUGCAUCUGUUGCAUUCGGAGGAAGAAGAAGAGGUCAAAGGGUUCUGUCGAAGAUCACCCGCCACAGGAUCAUGACCACAAUGAUGAUCACAAGCACCAUCCAGCUGGCGCUCCCAUGGCUGAUUAUCCAGGUGCGCCUGGCUCAUCGGCUGCUGCUGCUGGCGGUGCUUCACCGGCAGGUGCUUCCUCGCCUUCGCCGCAGCAGCCGUCGCAGCGCCCGGACAUCGGUGGAUCGAACCCGUACGCCCAGCCCAUUCCUGGGGCUGGUCCACGUGGCGCAGAGCCACCACCAUCGUACGGUGGCAGGGGCAAUGGCGCCAGCACCAGCUCUAGCACUCGCGGCGGUGGCGGCACUGGCAACAUGAUGGCUGCGGGCGCGGCCGGUGGUGCCGCUGCCGCUCUGAUCACUGAUCCGAACGUCCAGCGUGGCGUCGCGAGCGCUGGUCAGGCUGCUUACGGUGCAGCUGGUCAUGUUGGCUCUGGUGCCGUGUCGGCAGGCCAGGCCGCGUACGAUGGUGCGGGUGACGCUGUCAACUACAUUGGCGCCAACGCUGGGCCGGGCGCGCAGCAAGUGGGCUCGGCGAUCCAGCAAGGGGCAGGCGCGGCGUACGAUGGUGCAGGUGACGCUGUCAACUAUAUUGGCGCCAACGCUGGGCCGGGCGCGCAACAGGUGGGCUCGGCUGUCCGACAAGGCGCAGGCGCGGCGUACGAUGGCGCGGGCGAUGCCAUUAACUACAUCGGUGCCAACGCUGGGCCGGGCGCGCAACAGGUGGGCUCGGCUGUCCGACAAGGCGCAGGCGCGGCGUAUGACGGCGCAGGCGAUGCCAUUAACUACAUCGGUGCCAACGCUGGGCCGGGCGUGGACCAGAUCGGCUCGGUGGUUGGUCAAGGCGCAGGCGCGGCGUAUGACGGCGCAGGCGAUGCCAUUAACUACAUCGGUGCCAACGCUGGGCCGGGCGUGGACCAGAUCGGCUCGGUGGUCGGUCAAGGCGCCAGCGUGGCGUUCAACGAGAUCUCCGGCGUCGUAUCCUCAUCUGGCGUCACGGGAGUGGUGAGCAGCGCCGGAGGCUUUAUCUCGGACGCUCUGAGCAGCAACAUGAUGGAUAACGCUGGUGACUUGAUCUCGGGCGCCCUGGGCAAGAUGUUUGGCUACUUCUACUGCCACACAUGCAACCUCACUCCGCCUCAUGCCAUCUGCGCCGCCUGUGCCUCAUCCUGCCACGCCUCGCACGAUGUCCGCCCGUCUUCCCGCGGCUCAAAGCGCUUCUACUGCGAUUGCGGCGCCGCAAACCCGGCGUGCUCGCUCUACUCGGGGCCCAAGCGCGGCACCUCGCUGCCGGCAAACGCCUCGCCGCGCGCUCGCCACAUCCAUCUCGCCCGCGGCUGCGAUGCGCUGCUCCUUCGCGACAUCGACGCGCCUUCGGCUGCCGCUGUCCUUGCUCUUGGCCCCGGUGCCGGCCUUGCGGCUCAGCACGCUCCGCACGUUGCCCGCCUCGGUGCCCACAUGCUCGCCGACGCCGUCUCGGCCUUUGAGCGCAUUGCCGCCCUUGAGGGCGUGCUCUCCGUCUCUGUCGCUGUUGACCACACAUACUACGCCGUCAACGUCCCGCACGGCGCGCUCUCUGCCGCCCUCGCCGUUCUUGCCGACAUCGCUGCUCCGCUCUCCGCCGACGACCUCUCUCUCCCGCUCGCCCACUACGAGGAGAUCGACGCCCCGGUCCACGUCUCCCUUGGCGCUGCUGCUACUGCCGAUCCUCGCUUCCCGCUCGACGCCGUCGUCGACGCCCUCUCGUCCACCCUCUCCAACUGGCUCGCCCGCGCCGCAACCUGCCCGCUCUCCCUCACCAUCCUCUCUCGCUCGCGCCUCAACACAGCCCAAGCACAGCUGUACGCUCGCUUCGCAUCGCUCGCCGCGCGCGUCGACCACGACACCGCUCUGCACCACUUUGCCUCAGCGCUCCCGCAUCUCCCAUCGCCGUCUGCCCAUGCCCUCUUUGUCGAUCCGGCCGGCCCGCCUGCCGUCCACUUUUGCUUCCCGCUCCUUGCCCCGCACACCGACGGCACCCGCGGCUCCCUCGCUCACGACAUGAUCCUGCAUGCCAUCAACCACUCUGGGCCAGGCUCGCUCGCUGCCUACCUCCGCGCCCACGGCCUCGCCUCGCGCGUCGUCGCCUCGCUCCGCACACAGAUCCCACUGGCUCACCUCUGCGGUCGUGCCGUCCUCGCCGUCUCGAUCACGCCUGCUGCGGACCCGCCCAACAGCCCCGACUCGCUCGCCGCCAUUGGCUCGGCCCUCUUCACCUACCUUGGCAUGCUCGAAGCCGUCGGCCCGCUCCGCUGGAUGUGGUGCGAGCUCCGCGACGCCGCCGCCCGCGACGACGCCGCCUACCUCGACCCACCACCGUCGCCGCUUGACACUGCCGUCCGCAUCGCCGUCGCCGCCUUCCACCUUCCGCGUCCGGCCCUCGCUCACGUCCUCACCCACAGCCCGCACGCUCUGCACUUUGAACCGGCCCUCGUCUCUGCGCUUCUUGCCGCCUGCACCCCGGGAAAUCUGGUCCUCGCUUCCAACGUUUCCGCUGCAAUCCUUGAUGCUCAGCCAACCCUCGCCCGCCCGGCCCCACUCUCAGGCACCCGCUACACCACCGACAUUAUCGAGCCGCACUGGUCCGUCAUGUGGGAGUUGGCUCGCUCCCGCGGUUCUCUCGUCCUCGCCGGCACGCCCUACAACUCGCCGUCGCCCGACGCCCGCGCCGCACGCCGCGACGUCAUCCUCGCUGCGCUCGACAUGACUCACCCGCCGCGCAACCUCUUUGCCGUCACCGCCGCAGAGCUGGAGGAGGACAUCAUCCGCGACCCGCUACCCGAGAUUAUGCCGGGCUUCCCCUUUGGCGCCGCCCCGCACCACUCGCUCGUCCUCGCGCACUUCCCGCGGACCUCAGCCUACUCGCUCCCGCGCCUGCACUCGCUCCACGAGGACCGCCAUCUCUACCUCGCCCUGCAAGGCGCUGUUGCUCACUCAGACGCAACGCUGCCUCGCACCCGCCUUCUCGUCGCCGUCCUUGUUCACGCCGCCCGCAUCGCAAUCGAGCAGGCUCUGGCUUCCGCCUGCGACGCCGGUCUCGUCGUCAACCUGGCCGCCUCGGACGCUGGCACUGACAUCGUCCUCCACCUCGCUGCGCCCGGCGAUAUCGUCGCCACAGCCCUCCGUCGCGCCCUUGCUGUCUUAGCUGAACUCAGCCUCACUCCCCAAUCUCUCAUCCUCGGCCUUGCUGACCUCCGCGCCGACCUUGCGUCCUCACCGCCGCUCGCAGCCUCGCCCGACGAGCUCACCCGCUUCAUGCUCGAGGGCUUCCUCGGCUCGCCGCGCGGCCCAGCCGCAGGCGUUAUGGACCAGCUCGCCAUCAUCAAGGCCACACUCGAGCCCGACGGAGCACCAGCCUCUGGCUCGCGCGCGCCGCUCGCUCUCGACGACGUCAACGCCUUCCUCUCUCACACUCUCGCGAGCCCCGCUCGCCUCGUUCUCUUUGGCUACGGCUUUGCCCACGACGUCACAGAAGGCCUCGCUCUCGAUGCCGCCGCCCUUGUCCGCGCAGCAGCACACGGCGAGCCUGCGCUGCCACCACCUGCGGAUCCUCUUACUCCCCGCUCGCUCGCCUUUAAGCCCGCCGCUGCAGCCGCUGCCCUCGGCGCGCCCGCGGCCUCGUCUGUUGUCUGGACCGCCACCUCUGGCCUCGCCACCAACGCCAACAGCGCCUCGUCGGCCAUCGCAGCGUUCUGGCACCUUCCGCUCUGCGGGCCGCCCACCGCUGAUGACUUUGCGCUUCUCGCCAUCGUUGCCGGCCUCCUCGACGCCACCCUUACCGCCCGCUUUGCUCAACCAGACAUGACCGAGCUCGUCGUGUCGCAUACAGCCUGGCCCAAGGCUGCCCCAGCUUCACCGGCCUCGCACACCGUGGUAGGCCUCGCUGUCAUGGUCGACACCCGCUCCGAUGACCCGGCCGCCCUCGAGUACGUCCUCGCCGCCAUCGCUGCCGCCCUCGCCUCCCUUGCCGCACGCGAUGACGGCGUCUCGCAGCUCUCCGCCAACGCCACCCGCUCCGCCGCGAGCCUCGCCCUCCGCGCCAUCCCGGCAAGAUCCGCCCACCUCGACGCGUGGACCGCCAUUCUCGAGCCGGAGCACGCUACUUGGCUCGCCUCGCUCGACGCCGCCGCCGCCGCCGUCAUGCCUGACGAGGCCACCGCCGCCGCUGAGGCUCUCCUGACCACGCCAGUCCUCGCGGCGCUCGUUGUCCCAAAUGCGCCACCGGCCUCGCGCGGCCCGGCUGCCCCGCACAUCUUCAAUCCUAUCGAGGUUGCCCACGGGCUCAAGGCCGGUGCGCCGGCCAAGCUCCUCCCCACCGCCACCCCGCACGUGCUCCGCCUCACCUCCAUCGCCUCGUUUGUUGAGCUUGCCUACGGCACCAGCACCAGAGUCGGCGCCUGA